UGGCACCUUAUUUAAAAGCCUCAAGGUCGAAGCUAUGUUGGCGUUCGGCCUUCUCAUUUUCAUCUCUUUUGUGUCAACAAAUGAAGCAGUAAGUGUUCCUGGAGUAACGCCGAAUGAGUUUAAUAAGGGGGAUUCUAUUGAGGUCAAGGCCGUAAAAUUGACCAGCUACUUAACUCAACUGCCUUUUGAGUAUUAUAAACUCCCAUUUUGUCGUCCAAAGCAGUUAGUUGAGUACCCACCGGAGAAUAUAGGUGAAAUACUUCGCGGUGAUCGUGUCGUCAAUACUCCAUACUUGAUAAAAAUGGCUGAAAAUACAGCUUGUUCUGAAGUCUGUCCACCUUUCACUAUAAGUGGUGCUAAUGCCGUCCUCCUGAGGCAUUUUAUUUUAAACCAGUAUUCUGUUCAUCUGUCUAUCGAUAACCUUCCUUGCGGAACCAAAGUGUCUUCUGAUAACGGAAAAACCUCUCGAUAUGAGCACGGAUACAGACUUGGGUCAGUUGUAGAUGGAGUCGCUUAUAUUAACAACCAUCUAAAGUUUAUACUGCAAUACCACCAAACUGAUGAUGGUCACUACCGUUUUGUCGGCUUUGAAAUCGAACCUAUGAGUAUCUCUGAGAAAAACCUGAACUUGGAAAAUGGGGUGUGCAAAAAUUUGGAAUCGGAUAUGUCGAUUGCCAAUUGGAAAAAGAUUGACGGAAAGGAGACCGUAAUACAUUUUACCAGCGAAGUUGUUUGGGAACCAUCAGACAUAAAAUGGGCCUCGCGUUGGGACAUCUAUCUCAAAACAGCAAGUGGCCAAUUACAUUGGUUCUCGAUUAUCAACUCUGUGGUUAUUGUACUCUUUCUUACUAGUGUCAUAGCCAUGAUACUUAUCCGAACUUUAAGGAAAGAUAUUGCCAAAUAUAAUCGCAGUGAUGAUGUAGAGGAUAUUUUAGAGGAAUCAGGAUGGAAAUUGGUACAUGGAGAUGUGUUUCGACCGCCACGACAUACGCGAUUAUUUACAGCUUUGUUUGGAUCUGGUGUCCAGUUGUUCUUCAUGGUUUUUAUUGUAAUAUUUUUUGCUAUGCUUGGGACAUUGUCACCAGCUUCUCGUGGUGCACUUAUGAACGCAGCCAUAUUCACAUACGUGUUUAUGGGACUCUUUGCUGGAUAUUUUGCUGGAAGAUUAUAUAAGACUUUACGUGGGCCAUUUUGGAAGUCGACCGCAAUAGCCACUGGAUUACUUUUUCCAGGAAUCGUGCUUGUAUUUGGACUGGUAAUAAAUACUUUUAUCUGGUACAAAGGAUCUUCUGCAGCUAUUCCAUUCACUACACUGCUUGCGUUGUUGUCAUUAUGGCUAGGGAUUUCAUUACCGUUAAUUUAUAUCGGAUUUUUCUUCGGUUAUAGAAAACGUGGAUUCGAACAACCUAUUCGCACUAACCAAAUUCCUCGAGCAGUUCCAGACCAAAGAUUUUGUCAUAAUUUGUUACUAUCUACACUUUACUCUGGAGCUCUACCAUUUGGUGCAGUUUUUAUCGAAGUUUUCUUCAUAUACAAUGCUAUCUGGGAGAGUCAGUUCUACUAUUUGUUCGGAUUUUUAUUCGUUGUAUUCAUCAUACUAAUUAUUUGUUGUGCACAAGUGGCGAUUGUUGCUACGUAUUUUCAGUUAUGCAGUGAAUUUAAAGGAGGUGUGAAGAGUAAAAUGUAAAAUUUCGGUAGUUGUAUUCCUUGUGAAAGUAUUUUGUGUAUAUUUUGAUGUUUAUUUCUCAACUAGGUUGGGUGUUUUUGGCAUAUUUAUAUGUUAAUAAUUGUGGAUUCUCUUAGUAUUUAUUAUUGUUAUAUUUUUUAAUUGGCAAAAGUAAAGUUAAUUAUCUGUAAGUAGGUCACUCACAUCUGUUAGGUAUCUUUUACUCGUAUUAUUGAGAUUUAGGCGUUACGGUAUGUUUUAGUUUGGUAUUUUACUUCCAUAACUAUUGGAGUUAUAAGCUGAAAUAAUAAAUUGUUUUAACAGCUACUUAUUUAAAUUUCUGCUAUUCUGAUUAGCGCUUUAGAAUAAUGGCAUAUCGAUCUUGUCUGAAAGCAUUGUACCAGAGUUGGUGGAUGUAUUUUAUGUGGUGUAAAAAACAUAAUAACCAUUUAUUACUCUAUGGUUUGUUGGAAGAUAACUCUGGGUGUUUUAUUGCUCAAUAUAAUAAUAUAUUUGCAUUUAUCGUUCUUUGAGUAUCAGUGUUAUGUCUGUCUGUAAUCUUUAGCACUGUUCGAAUUCAAUCGAUUAAGUCCCCAUCUAAUCACUAGUCCUAGUGACUCAACUUCGUCUGUAUUAUGUUUUGAUGCAAGGAGACUGAUGGAUAUCCUCUUGGCUACUUUCAAUAACCAUGCAUUUAUUUGGUAAAUUGUUUCGAUAUCUUUUAAAGGAAAAACGAGUUAUGAAUAUGAACUUACUAACCAUUGUUGUCAAUAAUCAUUAAGCGAAACGACAGUAAGCGGACUUCUAGACGGUGUCAAUGUAAACAUGUAGGUCUCAGUGUCUUGAAUCUAAUAUAUGUUGCACAAAAGAUGAUUUAAUCCAUUUGCUUAGUUUUUUUUAAGCCGCACCAGGAGAUACUCUAAAAUGCAAUUAAAAUAGUACAUCCUGAGACUAUCUAGCUACUUAACACUACAGAUAUAUAUAUAUAUAUAUAU